AUGCAAGCACAACAAACACCACCUUUACAAGUAUUACUUCUCUUAGAUCAAUCAUUUCAAUCCAAUUUACUCUCCACUAAAAUCAGAGAUAUUCCUCAUUAUUUAAAAUACCAAACAAUCAUAGAUCCGAUCAUCUCCGGAGGCUCCGAACAUUUAAAGGAAACCAUUAAAUUUCUCGAUACAAGACGAGAUUGGUUUACAAUUCUCAAAUUUAUGAAUGAACACAAUUCAUGUCAUAAUCCAUUCAGCAAUGUUUCCAUCAGUUCAUUGGGAUUUAAAUAUUCAUUAGCAUAUUACCGCCAAAAUGCAUUCGAAAUUGGUGCCCAAUUGGGAAAGGAAUUGAAAUUUGAUUCAAAUUUUAUAUUUCAAAUAGUUGGAAUUAGUCCUGGAUUUAUUUAUAAUAAUUCUAAUGAAGUUAUUAGAAAUGAUAGAGAAGUUGUGUUGAGAUCUGUUAAGGGAGUUGGUUCUAUGCUUAGUAUUGCUUCUGAUAGAUUGAAAGAUGACAGAGAAAUAGUAAUGGCAGCUGUCAAACAAGAUGGUGGAAGUUUAGGAUAUGCAAAUGAUAGAUUUAAGAGUGAUAGAGAAAUAGUAAUGGCAGCAGCCAAAUCAAGUGGUCAUGCUCUUAAAUUCGUUCAUGAAUCAUUAAGGAAUGAUAGAGAAAUUGUAGAGUUGGCAAUUUCACAUUGUUGGUCAUUUAUAGGAAGUGCAGGCGAGGAAAUAAAAAACGACAGAGAAAUUAUAAUGAAGGCCAUAAUGAGAAAUGAACAAGGAAGUGCCUUUCAAUAUGCUAGCAGAGAAUUGAAACUAGAUAAGAAGUUUGUUUUGGAGGUUGUCAGGAAAAGUAAGGGAUUUGCACUUGAAUAUGCACUUGAAGAAUUAAUUAAGGAUAGGGAAUUUCUUGUUGAAAUAUUGGAAAUUCCUGAAAGAUCUUCCACGAGUACAUUUUAUAUAGCGAGAUUUAUUAAGGAUGAUAGAGAUUUGAUAUUACUAACUGCUAAAUAUGAUGGAUUUAUAAUCAAAUAUAUUAAUCCAGAGUUUAAGAAGGAUAAGGAGAUUGUAUUUGAAGCUGUCAGUCAAAAUGUCAAUGUUUUUCAACAUAUUGACAAGUCAUUAAGGGAUGACAAGGAAUUUGUGUUGAGAUUGGCAAGGAAAAAUUCAAAGAUUAUUCAAUUUUUAACCAAAUCAAUGAAGAAAGAUCAUGAAUUCAUGUCUCAAAUCAAUAAACUAAACUAA